AUUCCUACUUUUCUAACGUAAACAGUCGUUCGUCGUUCAAACGGCCUCUGUCAUCGACAGCAAUUUGACAAUUUCAAUUGCUCGCACUUCAGUGAUCUCCCGGGACUUGUCGAUGGUUGUGUCGAUCGUGCCGGCGUAAAUAGUCGCGAGAGACCCGAUAUCGUAGCCGGAAUCUAGGUACAGGUAGUUCUCGCUCGAAAGAACCGUCGGUUAUAUCUCGAAGCAACAGAUUGCUAUGUAAAGAAGGAAUACCGAUUACAACUUCUUGACUGCAUCUCCAGCUCUCAUAUAUGUAUACAUAUGAAAGUAAAGAUACACUAACGGUAGCAUAAGCAAGCGUAUACGGCAUCGAUGUAAUAUAAACAAAUUAUUUAGUAUAAAAAUCGAGGAUCAGUCUGUAACAACUCGGGGUCAUCUGUAAUCGCUCCGCUAGUAUUGGUUGUUCUCCACUAAUUUUCCCUAGUGAUAGUAGUUUCAGGGAGUGGUAAGUGUAGCUGUUUUCCUGGGAAAACAUUAUUACGCUUUCGCUCUAAUAGAUUAGACGAAGAAAUAGCAAGUUUUCGGGCGAGAAUCGUUUCGACAGCCUUCUCGAAAGCAAAAUGGUUCACGUGGACGGAUAUCCUUUCGCAUCCGGCGGCUUGCCGAAAAGUCCAAGCUUCCAUCAGGGCCUCGCCUUAGCCACGGUCCUCUCGCGGGAACCGAAUAAGACUUAUUUGUCCAACUUUACUUCGCAUUAUCAGCCGCUACGACCUCUAUUAAUUGAAACGCAACAAGGGAACGAACGGGAGGAACUUUUUAUACAGAAACUGCGACAAUGUUGCGUUCUCUUUGAUUUCGAGUCUGACCCUUUAUCGGACUUAAAAUGGAAGGAAGUCAAACGUACCGCCUUGUACGAGAUGGUCGAGUACGUUACCAAGAACAAAAACGUGAUCACGGAGGCUAUAUACCCCGAAGCGGUGAACAUGUUCGCAGUGAACCUCUUCCGUACGCUUCCUCCGUCGUCGAAUCCGAACGCCGCCGAGUUCGAUCCAGAGGAGGAUGAACCGACUCUGGAAGCAGCUUGGCCGCAUCUGCAGUUGGUUUACGAAUUUUUUCUCCGACUACUCGAGUCUCAAGAUUUUCAGCCUUCCAUUGCGCGGCGUUACAUAGAUCAGAAGUUUGUCCUGCAACUGUUGGAGCUCUUCGAUUCGGAGGAUCCGCGGGAAAGGGAUUUCCUAAAGACCACACUUCAUAGAAUUUACGGAAAGUUCUUAGGGCUUAGGGCGUAUAUCAGGAAACAAAUAAACAAUGUUUUUUACCGAUUUAUAUAUGAAACUGAGCACCACAAUGGCAUCGCCGAACUCCUAGAGAUUCUGGGAAGCAUAAUCAACGGUUUCGCUUUACCUCUGAAGGAGGAACACAAAAUUUUUCUAUUAAAGGUGCUUUUACCUUUGCACAAAGCCAAAUCACUGUCCGUCUAUCAUCCGCAAUUAGCAUAUUGCGUUGUUCAAUUCCUGGAGAAAGACCCGUCGUUGACUGAGCCUGUUAUCAGAAGUUUACUGAAAUUCUGGCCGAAGACACAUUCCCCGAAAGAGGUGAUGUUUUUGAACGAACUCGAGGAGAUUUUGGAUGUGAUCGAACCUGCCGAAUUCCAAAAAGUCAUGGACCCAUUAUUUAGACAAUUGGCGAAAUGCGUUUCAUCUCCACACUUUCAGGUGGCUGAAAGGGCUCUUUACUACUGGAACAACGAAUACAUAAUGUCUUUGAUAUCGGACAAUUAUUCGGUCAUAUUACCCAUUAUGUAUCCAGCAUUUUAUAAGAAUUCGCGAGAUCACUGGAACAAGACCAUUCACGGUUUGAUCUACAACGCGUUGAAACUGUUCAUGGAGAUGAACCACAAAGUGUUCGACGAAUGUACUCAACAGUAUUAUCAGGACCGUCAAAGAGAAAGGAAGCUUAUGAAAGAUAGAGAUGACGCUUGGAUGCGCGUGGAAGCUCUGGCGAUGAGACAUCCGAAUUACAACGCAGCUGUCAAAGGUUUAACUAAUACCGCUGCGAACCUCUCGUUAUCGCAACAGUUGGAUAGUCCUCCGCCCGACGAAGAUGGCGAUACGGAUCAAACACCGCUCACAUUGGAGAAGAUAGAAGCGAAAGCAAACGAGGCAAAGAAGAUGACGAAUACUAAUAAAACCAAGCAACUUCUGCGAAGGAAAAGCGAUUUACCCCAAGACACACAUACAAUGCGGGCAUUGUCCGAUCACAAACGUGCAGAUGAGUACCUUGUCACGCCACCGGACCCCAAUAAUUGCUAGUCUCUACCGCAAUCUCUUCCCAUGUAUCCUCUCUUCUGCUGCAGUGAUGUUGGGAGUUAGCUUUUUUUUUCGAAGAGAAAACAAAACACGGCGACGAUCCCAAACACAGAUUCGAUCGUAUAGAGGUCAGACAUUGUUGUAAUAUUCCCCCUUGUAUCGAAACUGUCAAGGCGUAUGCUAAUUGUUUCUUUUCCUUUUACGGUAACAAAAUAAAAAGCUUUCUCUCAUUGCACCCAGCACCUUUUGGAAGAUAUAACAAUGUGUCUGUAGUAAUCUACAAGAUGAAAACGAUAAAAAGCUGAUAACUUCUUAUUAUAUACUCUUUGAAACGAUCUACACACAAGGAGUCGCGAGACCUACAAACAAUACGUUACGUGUACUCGCUAUGAAAGAAAAAUCAUGACAUACGAGAUAAAAAUCUAGCGAAUAAGGGUCCUAAGUAUGUAUGCGUAUACAGAGUAUUUUGUAAACUGUAGAUUUCUUACGUAUGAGGAAGUCUAUCGCUGACAAUAAGGCGGUGCUCGCGGAAGUCAUCUUUGCGACCGAAACGAAGAUGAUCGAGACUGACCGCUAAUUCAUAUUCAUAAAGAAUUGUGUUCGAAAAUUGUCUUGCGCCGAGCGGGGGAUUUUCUUCAUAUCACAGAAAUUUAUGGUUUAUCGAACACCCUAUAUAUAUAUAUACUCUAAAUAAACAAAUUUUAUACGAACGCGAGAGAGAGAGGUCGAAAAAAAGUAUGGCCGCGUGCUUGAUGUCGUAAUAACGGUUAAAGAAGAGAAAAGCAAAGAAAAAUCGAUUUUAGUAUGCAAGUUUUGAGGCGCUACACUUCUGAGCGAGGUUUCCACUGAUAAUGCAAAUAAAACGAAACGAAUGAUAAUGGCAGACAUUAAAUAACAAGUGAUACAUAGUUGCUUCAAUGCUAACAGCUCGUAAUUUAGCAGCGGAAUGAGCCAAAUAUACAUAGAAAAUAGGCAGAACAAAAAAAAAUUGAAAAAAGACAGAAACAAGUGACAUCGUUUUUUAGAGUUAGAUGAACGUGAUAGCACUAUUUUAGAAUAUCGAUUGUUAUGAAUCUGAGUAUUCCUGAACGUACUACUUUUAUAUCUGUCGUGCCUAGAUGCCUGUGGAACGCAUUCGCAAGAAUCGCCUCUGCCAGAGGCCUAUAAUUAAGGGUCGUUAAUGAAGAAAAUGAAAGAAAGAGAGAAAGCAACGAGUUGAAAAAAAAAACGUGACGUGACGUUACCGGGACGGUACAAUUGACACCACGAAUAUUACUCAAGAACGCUUGCAUGAGCCGUCGUUGCGUCGUUGCCUCGUCAGUCUCGCGGUUAAUCGAAGAAAAAGAAGAAAGAAGUUAUAAUUACUGUUUCGUCGCUAAUAUAAAAUAGAAAGGGCAGAAAUAACAGAAUAAGGAACUCGAAGAACUUAGAAAGGUGUACGAAAUUGCAAGAUAAAGGCGAAUCUAAGUAAAAAUGAACUAUCUUUAAUCUUUUGCGCUGCUGGCAGGCUGUUAUGUUAAACAUUGUGUAAGGAAUGAACUUGUUGAGAAUAGAUAAACGAUUAGCACGUACUAUUAAAGUAACGAAAAUUGAAACCAAAUGAGAUAAAUAUAAAAAAAAAACUAUUUACUAUUUAAUCGUCCCUAAGAAAUGAGAAUCGCUGUUUUUGUUACAAAAAAAAGAAAUAACCGAGUAUUCUUGUCAAUAAUAAUUUUUAUUACGAGGCGCGGUGUAAUCCCGAUGGAAUUCCCUUUGAAUCGUAUCACUGUAUCUUAAGGAGCAUUUGGUAAUAAAAGUAUUUUUAGUAAAAAAAAUAUUUACACUUGAACAGAUUAUAAUUUCCAACGAACCGCCAAAUAGUCCUUUUGUUGCAGCUAGAAUUUUGUGAAGCUGAUUGAGUCAUCGGGAUUACAUUGGCUUUUACCGAUCGUUGAAAUCAUUCGAGAGAAAGCAGGCGUGAGAGACGCAUUCUUCGAACUUAUUGUCUCUUAUUGAGUUUAUUGUUUUCGCGCGUAACAUGUGAUACUUUUCGAGAUUCGUAAAAUUGUACACCGUAAUCAAAAGGGACACGUCAUUAUAAACUUCGCGUACUAGAAACAUCUGAAGACUGUUACUUGUUCAACGAUGAACGAGUACGUAUUAUUUGCUCUUCGAAUUUUUCAUUUGUACGUAGUGUCAGGCUUGUAUUAUACAAAAUGUAAAAUGACAAUUUACUUUCGUCCGUAAACAUCGUUACCUCAAGUAAGUUUGAUCGAUUGUUCUACAUUUUUUAUGAUGACAACGGAACAGCCAAUAAUUAAGUACUUUGUAGAUUAAAAAGAGAACGAAAAGGUGAGGAAACAGCUGAAUAUACGCUUUACGCAAGGAGGAGCACAGAUAUCGAUAGAAAAACAAAUUAUUAGGCAGCUUUGAAUCUCAUAGAAAAAAUCUUGGUUCUUCCUUACGUAAAGUUUACAAGAUCAUUGUAGAUCACAAAAGAGGAGAAAUGUUAAGUAGGUGAUGUCCGCGUGUACAGCGAUUUGCUUCAAACCUAGAAAUACUAAUUAUAACAGAACACAGAGCUGUGUAUCAAUGUUCGAUUGCAAAAAAUUUUUUUAACGAUCGUCUGUCCGAUCGAUUCGAUUCCAUGCAUGCAUAUAUUCCUUUACAAUUUGUUGGAAGCAUAAUUUUAUAAUAAAUAAAUAACUAUAACAAACGACGAAAA